GCUCCUGGUUUGGCAACGCAGAGACAAAGCGCCGCUACAUAGGAGUGAUGAUGCUGACUCUCACCCCAAGCAUCCUGGCUGAGCUGAAGCUGCGCGACCCCAGCUUCCCUGACGUCUCCUACGGAGUGCUGAUCCACAAGGUGAUCAUCGGCUCCCCGGCCCACCAGGCAGGGCUGAAGGCAGGCGACGUCGUGCUGGAGAUCAACGGGCAGGCGUCGCGCCGCGCGGAGGAUGUGUACGAGGCGGUACGGACACAGCAGAGCCUGGCCUUGCUGGUGCGGCGUGGCUACGACACAUUGCUGGUGAGCGUUAUUCCCGAGGUCACGGAGUAG